UUGAAGAUCCGUCAUCGAGGCAUCAAAGGUGUACUAUCGGUGGAUCCGGCGCUUGACGAACGAAGGCAAUGGGCCGCAGAGAACGGUAUUAAGGACUCGAAUUCAGCAACAAACAAAAUGAACGACUUGGCCGUUGUGUUUAGACCAUCGCAGGAUAAAUUUAGAGCGCCUAGGAGUGGUACGAUCGAAAUAGUGAAGUAUUCGAGUCCAACGCCCGUAUCGUUGAAUCGGCCAAUGAUAUCGAUCCUUGAUCAAGUAAGUGGUAUGCAAGGACAUACGGUCCAUGUGAUGGUCACCGAGCGAAUCCAUGAAUUAUUGGAUGCCCAGUUGACAGAACUGGCUGAAGUGUUUUUGGAUGAGGAUCGAUGUCGCGAUAAAUUGAACGAAUUACCACGGCUGAUGAACGUCGAUCGACUGUCGCUAGUGCGCGGUUUCGCACUAACUCAAGAGCCAUUCUUCAGAAGUCUUCUCCGAGCUAGCGUAAAGUACAUGUUAAAGAAGCAACUGGCCAAGGAACAGAUCAUGAUCCCACCACAUUUGGGACGUUCAAUGUUUGGCGUGAUGGACGAGACAGGCCAACUGCAAAGUGGUCAGAUUUUUGUGCAGUACACGAAUAAUGUUUGGUUGAAAACACCGUCGAGUAAAGCGGCGAAAACGAUUUUGAAAGGUCCAGUUUUGAUGACAAAGAAUCCGUGUAUAGUGGCCGGAGAUGUUCGAAUAUUCGAAGCAGUUGACAUUCCCGAACUGCAUCAUCUCGUUGAUGUGGUCGUCUUUCCGCAGUAUGGUCCAAGACCGCAUACGGAUGAAAUGGCCGGAUCCGAUUUGGAUGGUGACGAAUACACGGUGAUAUGGGAUAAGAAGUUGAUGUUUGUUCGAAAUGAGAGUCCGUUGGAUUUUACGAAGAGAGUGAAAAAAUAUGAAGUAGUUGAUCAAGAUCACGUGGAUUUCGAGAUGCGGAAGUUUUUCUGCAAUUACAUAAAGCAAGAUUCGAUUGGGUCAAUCGCAAACGCGUUCCUGGUGAAUGCGGAUUUGUAUGGGAUAACGAGUGAAAUUUGUGUGAAUAUCGCUCGAAAGCAUUCGCAAGCAGUGGAUUUCCCGAAAACUGGCGACGCUCCUGAGCCACUAACAAAAGUGUGGACGGAAGGCGCCAGUGGAAGUUUGGUACCACCAGAGCGGUCGGAGAGAUGGCCAGAUUUUAUGUGUAAAAAUCAUGAGCCAAACUAUAUAUCGCCACGUCUUGUCGGACAACUUUAUAGGUGGGUGCUUCUUGAUUUAGAGGAAUAUCUUUGA